AUGUCGGCAUCCACACCCCAGAGAACCUCUCUACGCCAGGGCCUGCGCCAGGCGCCGAAAGUAAACCAACCGUUCGUCCCGGACACGACGCCCGCUCGUCGCUCGCAUCAUCAGAGCUUCAGCUCUCCUCAGCCGUCGAUGUCGCCUCAUGCGCCCCUCAAUCCGGCAGCUAAUCCCCAGAGCGCGUCUUUUGCUGUCGAAAGCUGGGAGGGGAAAGCCCAUACACAACUACCGAUGUCAACGCGCGAAGUACCUACACCAGGUAACCGACCCGCUCUAUUCGCCAGUCUAUAUGACCGCACAAAAUUCGCCAAGCAGCCUGAUUUUUAUGACCCAUACUUUCCUCUGAGAUUUUUGGAAGUCCCGCGCACGGAUCACAUUUACAAGCGUGCCCACUAUGGUCUUCAAUCUGGUAUCCCUGACGAAAUCGAUUUUGCGUUGUACCAUCUGGUUCAGAUCUCGAACCAGCGGUGGGAUAAGUUUAAAUUCGAGGGAUUCCCCCUACUUGCCGAGUCACUCAUGCAGAAAGCUUUGGAAAUCACGCAUCUCUGCACUGGAGUGCGUUGGGAGUUUGAAUAUGACCCUCGACAACGGUCUGGUCGUGUCAAUGUACUCAACUCGCUUCAUGGUACACGGGAUAUCCUCGACAAGAUUCGGAAGAUCCCCACAAACAUCCCGACGGACACACUUGAGACGAAGGAGUUUAAUCACUCGCUUCGGAAUAUCAAGGAGGCUACACUGGUGUUGAGAAACAUGGUACUGCUCAAGGAAAACGCCUUCUACAUCUCUCGCUAUGCAAGUGGCCUUCUUAGAGACUUCCUGGUUAUUAUGAUGAAUGUGCCAAAUCAACCGCGUCUAAACGAAAUCAAGAACGACGCUCUCGACAUUGCUGAGGAAGUCACCAAGUUCAUGAGGACCGACCCUGAGGAUCCCCUCUGGAUUUCUCUGGUCAAUUGUCUGGAAUCACCCGAUCGUGCGCAUAUUGUGAGAGCUCUCUGGGCAUUAACUCACUUCUCGACCGAGUUGCAUGAGGCCGAUGCGAACCGAGCUAUGGAGAGUCUGUCGAAGCCAGCCCUACAACAACUGUACUACCACACACUUCUUGACCUCGAUAAAGACAUUUUGAGUGGUGCGCUGGACUUCUGGUACCAGUACACUCUCAGUCAUGACAACAUCGAGACUUUGAUGGAUGUCGUCAACUUCCCGAUCGUCUUUGUGCCUCGUAUGGUCGCUCUUCUUACCUACGAGGCCCGAACGACAAAGAAAGAGACUGUUCUUCAAGAGGAAAAGGUCGCUCCACCGCCUACUGAUAUUCCUCGUGUGCCGCCAGAGCUAUUGGAGAAACUGAUGGAGCUUUCAGAACCGGAACGCAGCUCUCAAUGGCUGCGAUGCUGCUUCGUGGAAGAUGCAGAGUGUGAAAUCACACAGAUUGCUUUGUGGCAAGCCUACCAGAGCCGGUUCGCUGACCCCCGAGUCGCGGGUGGAGGUGUUCUUCCUGCUGCGGAGUUCAUCAAAAACGUGAGCAACACCUUCACCAAUGCACAGGCUCAGGUCAUCAACGGCCCCGGCACGGCCACAAAAUUCAUCAUCAAGGGAAUCAGGCCCCUGGAGACUGCCUACACUUUCCAGGGCUUCCCAUACUUGUACUGCAAAUGGGCAGACAACUCGAAGCCUUCUCAGAUGUGCCAGCGUGCAUUUGCAUCGCCUACUGAUCUCCGCAACCACGUGUUUGCGGACCACAUGAACCUGGAAACCACCGAGGCUCCCGGCCAGUUCAAGAUGGAAGCUGCUGAAACUCCCAUUCACACCUGUCAGUGGGACAGCUGCACGCGGUUCCGAUCCUCGGGACCCAGUACUAAUACUGCGAUGGUCGCCGGCCACGUUUCAUCUCAUUUGCCCGAGGACCGCCCCGCCGACGCUCAGCCACCCAGCACCAAGCGUCCGAUUCUUCAAGAGAGAAUCGUGCGCAAGUGGUACUAUAUGGACACACCGGUGAACGAGAAAGGCGAGGCUUAUGGAGCAGCGUACAAGGCUGCACUUGUACUGCGCAAUAUUGCCAGAGGACUUCCUCAACGGGUCGCUACGAAAUAUGGAGGGGUCUCAUGGAAGAAGGCAUGCUUCGUGAGCCAACGUCCGAAAAUUGUGGAGGUCUGGGAUCGGAAUCGUGCUCUCCGCAAGGAGUUGACUGAGCUUCUCAUGGUCAUCGAGAAAGAUGAUGACUACUGA